AUGCCGCUGAGUGUGCCGGAAGGACAGAUCUUCAAGGCCACGUACUCAGGUGUGCCUGUGUAUGAAUGCAUCAUCAAGGACGUGGCGGUCAUGCGCCGUCGAAGCGAUGCUUGGCUCAAUGCCACACAAAUUCUCAAGGUCGUGGGACUCGAUAAAUCGCAGCGGACGCGUGUGCUGGAAAAAGAGGUGCAAAAAGGGACGCACGAGAAAGUGCAAGGUGGAUAUGGAAAAUACCAAGGUACAUGGAUCCCGAUGGAUGUAGCCAUUGCUCUAGCAGAGCACUACCAUAUCCGAGAAUUGCUGGAUCCCAUUAUAUCAUUCGUCCCAUCAGACAAAUCACCGCCACCCGCGCCAAAGCAUGCGAUUGCCUCGUCUGGUAGAAUCAAAAAGCUGCCAAGUGACCUGGCGGAUGCAUCGACGACGCGUGUCUCGAGUGACGAAAACAGCAGCGAGAUUUUUCCAGCAGAGGAUGAAAAUGGUUCUGAGGGCAGUAUUAGCCCGUCUCCCAGUGAUAUUAGUAGUUCAAGUCGAACGCCCAGUCCGAUCGGCGCUGACACACAGAAGCCGCCCGAGUACCAAACGUUCGCGGAUACGCGACACCCUGGCAUGUACACGCCAAACGGACGCAUUGCCACGACGUAUGCACCAGCGACGACGUACCAGGAUCAUUAUGGAAUGCCUGUGCAACAGCAUACAUACGAUGAGCUCGAGCCGCAAGUACGGUAUGCGGAGAUUAUUCUGGACUACUUCAUCAGUGAGACGACUACGGUGCCCCCGCUGCUGGUGAACCCGCCGCCAGACUUUGACCCUAAUAUGAGCAUUGAUGAAGAUGAGCACACUGCGCUGCACUGGGCUUGCGCGAUGGGCCGCAUUCGUGUGGUAAAGCUGCUACUGACCGCAGGCGCUGACAUGUUCCGCGUCAACAACAAUGGCCAAACAGCAUUGAUGCGUGCCGCCAUGUUUAGCAACAAUUAUGACCUGCGCAAAUUUCCAGAGCUGUUCGAGCUCUUGCAUCGGAGCAUCCUCAAUAUUGACCGGAACGAUCGCACAGUUUUUCACCAUGUAGUUGACCUUGCAUUAAGUCGAGGCAAGCCGCAUGCUAGUCGGUACUAUCUCGAGACCAUGAUUCAUCGACUUGCUGAAUAUGGCGAACAACUGGCAGAUAUUCUGAAUUUCCAGGACGAUGAAGGCGAGACGGCCCUCACAAUGGCUGCGCGCGCGCGAUCAAAGCGGCUCGUGAAGUUGCUCUUGGAACACGGUGCAGAUCCCAAGAUCCGGAACCGUGAGGGCAAGAAUGCAGAAGACUUUAUUGUGGAAGACGAGCGCUUCCGAGCGAGUCCCUCACGAACGACUAAUGCGCCUUAUGUUCCGUCAUCCAAUGCACCACACUCCUCUGAGGCAGGUCAACGCGCGGCAGGCCGUUCCGUCGGUUUGGUGUCCACUCUCCUGCACGACUUGGCCGACAGUUAUGAUACGGAACUGUCUGUGCUGGAGCGCAAACUGACGCAUGCACAAACACUACUCAUACAGAUCCAGGGCGAAAUCGCUGACAGCAACCGCAUCGAGGCGUCACUCAUGCCCAAAGGCCAAAGCAAUGAUGACGCAUCGACUCUGAACGCGUUGGAGAACAAGUACACAUCGGCAAGGCAGGAGCAGGCUAACAAAGAGGCUGAACGUUCGUGGAAAUCGAUGCACGAGCAAGUUCUGCAGGCGCGGCCGGACCUCUCACUCGGCGACGCUCCAACGGCCAAUGAGGACGUCCAGCGGCUGUGUGCCAAGCCGAAGUCAGAAUCUUUGAGAACUGAGCUUGAGACUUUGCGCGCACAAGCGAACGAUGCACUUAGUCAGUACCAGGCGCUGGAAUUGCGACACUUCCGUACCUUGUGUGACGAAGGUGCUGAUCGCACGAUGGCCAUGUAUCGACGUUUAAUUGCUGCUGGUUGUGGCGGCAUUGCCACGAAAGAAGUGGACGCUGUCGUUGGAGUGCUGAGUGAUCUUCUCAGUGAGGGUGACAGCGCAGGCGCUGCCACCAAAGGUACCGAACCUGAUUCAGUAGGACCUAUGGAUGAAUAG